UGGUGUGCAGAAGGUGAUACAGUGACAAGGAGAGAGCAAAGCUGGGGUACAGUUUGGAAAGGGAUCUGGCUACAGGCAUGAGGGGCCUCUGGCGGAGAUGAUAGUGUUGGCACCAGCCUGGAACCCAGCUACCUUCCUGCUGCUGCUGCUGAUGCUCAGCCCCAGCCUCUGUGGGACCCCAGACUGUUCCUUCCCCCACAGCCCCAUCUCCUCCACCUUCGCUGACACCUUCGGCAAGCUGUCUGACUACCUGCUUCAGGAUUAUCCAGUCACAGUGGCCUCCAACCUGCAGGACGACAAGGUCUGCGGGGCCUUCUGGCGCCUAGUCCUGGCCCAGCGCUGCAUGGAACGGCUCAAGUCAGUGGCUGGCUCCCAGAUGAAACAGCUGCUGGAGGAUGUCAACACCGAGAUAUACUUUGUCACCUUAUGUGCCCUCCAGCCCAUCCCCAGCUGUCUUCGCUACGUCCAGACCAACAUCUCCCACCUCCUGCAGGACACCUCCAAGCAGCUGGUGGCCUUGAAGCCCUGUAUCACCCGCUGGAAUUUCUCUGGGUGCCUGCAGCUGCGGUGUCAGCCAGACGACUCCACCCUGCUGCCCUCAGGGAACCCCGGGGCCUUGGAGGCCACAGCCCUGCCGGCCACGCAGGCCCCGUGGCUGCUGCUGCUGCUGCUGCUGCCCCUGGCCCUCCUGCUGAUGGCCACUGUCUGGUGCCUGGACUGGUGGAGGAGAAGGCGGAGGACGCCCUCCCCUGGGGAGCAGAGGACACUGAGGCCCAGAGAGAGGAGUCACCUGCCAGAGGACACAGAGCCGGGACUCGGAGCAAGUCAGCUACAGACUGGUCCCUCCCUCGGCAGCCCCGCCCCUGUCACUAUCUCCCCAGGAUGGAGGCAACACCAGCACCCAGCGCCGGCCCCAGCCCCACCCGAUCCCCUCUGUACAGAGCCCUUGUCCCCAGGAAACUGUAUAUAA